UUUGUGUCGCAUCUCAGCUGAAUGUUUCUGUGCUUCAGCAACAAUGUCUUCAGUUAAGCAUCUGAGAGAGUUUAUUAGCGAGCGACUAACUGCUGCUGCUGAAGAAAUAUUCACAGAGUUUGAAAAAACCAUCGUCCAGUACGAAGAAGUGAUCGAUCGUCAGCGCAGACUGCUGGAUACCAGCUGGAAACCUCAGAUAAAGUCCAACACUACAGAUGUUCCACAGCAUCACGACUGUAAAGAGGAGGAAGUUCUUCCUGACCACCAGCUCUUUUAUCAGGAGAUUAUAUCCAGUCUGGACCAGGAGGAACCAGAACCUCUACAGAUUGACGAGGACCAGGAGGAAGUCAGGAGGGAGGGAGAGCAGCUUGUUCUGAAGGAUGAGACUGACAUGGUGGUCCAGAGCCGGUCUGAAUCUGGAGAAGUGUACGAAGUACUUGCAAAUACCAGCAUCCAGAACGAGGAGGAAACUGAUCAUUUGCCUGGAUUGUGGAACAUCGUCAUGAAACCUGAAAUAAGGUUACACAGAAUAGAGCUUUCCCAUCAACAAAUCUGUAAGAACAAAGAAGAGGAUAUUGGUAACCAGCACCAGAACACCGAUAUGGACCAGGAUGAACCAGAGCCUCCACAGAUCAAAGAGGAACAGGAGCAGCAAUCCACCAAUCAGGAGGGAGUUCAGCUUGUUCUGAAGCAGGAGACUGAAACUUUUAUAGUGACUCCUAAUAAUGAGGACGGUGAUCACAUGGAACCAGAACCAAACAGUAACCAGCUCUUCUUUAACAACUCUCUUCUGGCAGAGCGUCAUGUUCAGGAAGCAAACAGGGAUGUUUUCUCAGCGUCUGCUAUAAAUACAGAGCAGGAGAUGGACAGCACAAACAGAAGCCACACUAACAAUGUACAUAAUUCUCACAAGCCAGACGUUUUCUGUAAAGAUGACACAUCCAAAAAAUCUGUGAAAUGUGACAUUUGUGGAAAAGGCUUUAAGAAGGCGUGCCAAAUGAAGCGACAUCGCUACGUACACACUGGUGUUAGUCCAUAUGUUUGUCAGAUGUGUGGAAAAAGUUACAGCCAAAGCAGUCAUUUAAUAGCUCACAUGAGAACCCACACGGGGGAGAAGCCAUAUUCCUGUGACACGUGUGGGAAAGGUUUUGUUAGUAAAAGCACCUUGACUAUCCACAAACGAAUUCACACCGGGGAGAAGCCAUUUGCUUGUGAAACAUGUGGGAUAAGAUUCAGAUUAUUGAAUCAGUUGGUUGUUCACAUGAGGAGCCACACAGGCGAACAGCCAUAUAAUUGUAAAAAAUGUAAGAAAAGCUUCCGUGAUCAUUACAAUUUGACUGUCCACAUGAGAAGCCAUACAGGUGUGAAGCCUUAUUGUUGUCAUACCUGUGGAAAAUGUUUCAGCCAAAGUAAUAUUUUGAUAGACCACAUGAGAACACACACAGGCGAAAAGCCAUUCUCUUGCAAAGUUUGUGGAAAAAGUUUCAAUCACAGAAGUACUUUGUCACACCACCUAAGAAUUCACACAGGUGAGAAGCCGUAUUGUUGUAAAGUCUGUGGUAAAGGUUUUAGGCUCAAGCAGGCAUUUAAUGUCCACAACCAAACCCACACGGGUGAGAAGCCCUAUUCUUGUAUAACAUGUGGGAAAUGUUUCAGUCAGAAUUAUCAUUUAAUUGUUCAUAUGAAAACUCACACCGGUGAAAAGUUAGAAAAAAAGAAGAGGCUUAAAUAACCAAGCCAUAGUCUUUACCAAAAUGUUCGGAAAUGUUAGGGAAAGUCAGAAGCUACAGAGAUUUAAAACGGUAUCACUGAGCUGGUUUACAGCUUUCUGAAGGGCCCCUUUUCAUCCACAGUAAUGACGUCAAACCACCGUCUCAGUAAGAAGGCAGUUUAUUCGUACAGCACAUUUCAUGUACAGGACAAUUCAAAGUGCUUUAAAUAAAACAAAAGCAUUACAGAUAUUAAGAAAUACCAAAGUACCACAUCCACAACAAGAAAUGUGCCCCAAAAUACUGUUGUUUGGAAAGGGAAUAGUCUUUAGUUCAUUACUUACGCCUGGAGAAGUGGCUAUACUUUUUUUUAAAGUAGCCCAGAAAAAUACCAUUUUAGAAACAGUGACAUCAGCAUCAGUAGUAUUUCCUCAUUAACACUCACCUUCUGCUGUUUGGUGUCAGGGAGGAAGUGAUAUGAGCCAAAACUGGCCCACAGACUAGUGAGAGACAACCAGGCAUUUUGAGUGAACUAUUCCGUAGUCCUUUUACACGUGGAAUAAGUAAUGUGUCAUACAUGAGCCCUCAUGUUAAUGUGGCCCCCAGUCAUGAAAAAAAGGCCUACUCACUGUAUGUGACGCCUUCAUGAAAAGUCGUACCGGCAUCUUUGGCUGUGGCUGAAGAGGCAGUAUCUCCUUCCCUAUGAGCAUCCUCCCCCGCGGGGGUGGGAGACAGAGCAGGCAUGAGUGUUGGGCUAACGUUAGCCGAGCUGCUGGCUAACUGCGCCGGUGUAGCAUCACUAACAUUAGCUGAGCUGCUAGCUGAUAUAUUUGCUCUGAAAGCUAAUUUUAGUGGAAUCUCUCGCUUCAUCAUGUAUUCUAAAGGUGAAACAUUUAAAUGUGUAAACAUAUAUUUGUCUGCAGUAUUUUCCUCAGCACGUCCAACGUCUCUGAUCGACUCACUUGAAUUAUCUGAUAACUCCAGAAAUCAGGCAACGAUCUGAUUUUUAGUGUGCAUGUAAACAAGCUCAUUGUGAGGGUGAAUGCAACAGCCCCCCAAGGUGAAAAGGGUUCAUAGGUUGUGACUGUUUAUUGUUUUGGUUUGGGCUCGAUUUCACACAUUCAGCCUGAGGACCCAGCGGGGUUGGCCUCAUGAUGGCCGGGUUGGGCCAAACCAUGGGCUCUGUGGAGAGGGGUGUGAUUGAAUGGAGAUUUAGAUCAAUAUAUUUUGUUUGGAUGUUGGUUUUCUUUUUUGUUGCAUCUCUAGUUUAGUCACAUAAUGAACAUAUUUUUUGCGUUUAAAAAAAACAAACUGAUUUUCAGAGGAUUCAGAGCUCUGAAAAACAUCUGUGGAGAUUUUUUGUGUCAUUAUGCUUUAAAGACCACUGACUGUUUUCCUGUUUUGAGUAAACCCCAACAAUCAUUAAAAUGGCAAAAGGAAAAUCUCCAUGAAGCCUGUCUGAAUAAAAAAAAUUGUAUAUAUGUCAGGCUCAAAUGUUUAAAAUGGAUAUUAGUCACAAAUCAAAGCGGCCAAGGUGUACUUACUAAACUUACCCUCAUUUAUUUCUUAUUACAUCCAUAUUUCAUUAUAUAAUGAGGGUCUGUUGUGCUUAUAUUGUUGGUUUAUGAUCUUUAUGAUUGAUAAUCUAUUUUCUGAUUAAUCCUUUUUGCUGUUGUUGGUCAGUGUAAGUGCCUUAUAUCUUAAUUUAAAGCUCCUACGGAAAAACCACUGCACUUUGAAUUUGUCUUUGUUUUAAUGAAAAAGAAUAUUUACAAACAUCUUACCAUAGGUAGUUUUUAGCAGCCUCCAUCUGCCCCUGGUGCUUCUACAAACUGUAUUCUGUCAACUAUUAAGUACUAUCAGCUAUGAAGUAGCUUAGAAAUGUGCUGGAGUUACGCCUCUCUUCAAAAGUGGUGAUGCCUCUGAUGUCAACAUUUAUCGACCAAUCUCAGUUAUUAUUAUUAUUAUUAUUAUUAUUAUUAUUAUUAUUAUUACUAUUAUUAUUAUUAUUAUCAUUACUUGCCAGUUGUGUGGUGGUGAGCAAGUUGUUCUCUUUUUUUGUUUGUAAUGUAUUAUGUUUGAUUAUCCUGUGUUCAUGUUUGUAAUGUGUGGUGGAAAACAAGAUGUUUGCAUCUCAAGGGGCUAUCCAUUAAAUACAUUUCAUAUAUAUAAUAAAAGUAUUAAUUACAAAAAAUACUAGUUUCUCAUUUUUUGCUGCUAUUUUUGCUUCAGCUUUUCUGUGCAGUUGAAGACUCAGAGUUAAAAUCUUCGUAUUGGAGUGAAACUAAAUUUUAUUGUCCAGUUCACCUGUUUCACUUAUAAAUCUUUUUAUCCUUUCUGGUGCUUUGUUCUGUCUAAUGAAAUUGGUUGUCAGUGGCCGGACUGGACCUCUCCUCGCUCAAGCCAGCGUGCUGGCAGGCAGCAGUCAGCCAAUGUGUAGCUUCGGUUCGGAGAGGUAUCGUUAGGUUUGGGGGACUCCACUGUGUUAGGAGAUGAAUUGAUGAGAAGAUUCUGUGUAAUUUUCUGGUUUCCUUUGCAAGUUUAUUUUUUAUUGGCACAUAUCGACAUGGUUCUAAUAAAUACAACUGGGCUAUUUCUAAAAGUGCCUUGAGAUUACUUUGAGUUG